AUGGCGAACAAGACAAGCGCAUUUAAAGUGAAAUCCUGGCCCAUCCACACUCUCUUCUUCACCAUCUUCCUCUUCAUCAACAUUUCAGUGCCUAAGCCUUGGGCUUCAGCAACCACACUAACAAUUUCCAACAAGUGUUCCCAUCCAGUGUGGCCCGGGAUCCAGCCCAACGCAGGAAACUCCGUCGUGGCCCGCGGCGGUUUCCUCCUCCCCCCUAACAAGACCCACACCCUCCAAGUCCCCCCACUCUGGGGGGGCCGCGUCUGGGCUCGUCUGGGAUGUAGCUUCGACGCUGCGGGUAAAGGCGAAUGUAUUACUGGAGACUGCGGCGGCGUCCUCUUCUGUGACGGGCUCGGUGGCACCUCGCCAGCCACCCUGGCGGAAAUUACCAUCGGAGCCGACCAAACCUUCUACGACGUGAGCCUCGUCGACGGCUACAACCUCCCCAUAUCCAUAACCCCAAUCAAGGGCACAGGAAAGUGCGGGCUCGCAGGCUGCAUGAGGGACGUCAACAAAAUUUGUCCCGCGGGCCUACAGGUCCGCUCACGCGAGGGCAAUCGCGUGGUGGCGUGCAAUAGCGCAUGCAUGGCCUUCCACUUGCCAAACUACUGUUGCACGGGCAGCUAUGGAAGCCCACAGACCUGUGGGCCCACCACAUAUUCUAGAAUCUUCAAGAGAGUGUGUCCACGGGCUUAUUCCUUUGCCUAUGAUGACCCUACUAGCCUCUUUUCUUGUUCCAAUGCUAAUUAUUUGGGUUGGCAGUUGAAGUCACAUGCAGUGAUGCAUAUACAGCAGACACCAUCCGAUAAAGUCCAUGCAAUUCAUUGA